GGAAUGGUCGAUUCGCCAGUUUCAAAAGAGGAAGAACUCACAAGAGAUCUUCAGUGAAGAGAAAGACUUAUAUUAGCGAAGAGCGGUGUACGGGUGGUGUGCGAUUAUUUCUUGGAGAACUAUUGGAAAAUGUACAGCGCGCGGUGUAUUUUGGCGCUUGCGCUAUUCGGUUUCGCGUCGGCCCAAAAGGAAACCCAAGAAGAUCCCUGCAAAUUGAAAUCACGCGUCGUAGGAGACGCUACAUACUGCGACAGGUACUGGGAGUGCGUGCACGGUCAACCGGAAUUAUACGACUGCCCCAACGGUCUUGUAUUCGCGGGAAAAAACAAGGGAGUCACCGAAGGGUGCGACUACCCUUGGAGGUCGAAUUACUGCGACGGAAAACAGCAAGCGAAUUCACCCAUUAGUAACGAACACUGCGGAUGGCUGUACGGUAUAUUCGGCCACGAAACAUCCUGUACUAGAUACUGGACUUGCUGGAAUGGUACCGUUACAGAACAAUUCUGCAUCGGAGGAUUAUUGUACAAUGAAAAAACGCAUUCCUGCGAUUGGCCCGAAAACGUAGAAGGAUGCCAAAAGCAUCCCCUUUGCAAUGAGGAUGCUAACGGUAACGUACCGCUGGGAAAAUCCUGCAACAGAUACUGGCAAUGUCAAGGAGGUUACCCUCGUCUCCAGAGAUGUCCUGCUAUGUUGGUGUUCGACAGGCACUCUUUGAGAUGUGUAGUUCCCCCUACUGAGGAUUGCGACGUACCCUCAACCAUUCCACCGCCUCUUCCUCAAGAUGACGACGAGCUAGAUAACAUUCCUCAGAACAAUCCUAAAAACAAGGGCAAAGGAAAUUUCCCGAAUUUGCCGCCCGGCGCUGUACCCAUACCGGACAAGGGACAGAAUAGGCCUAGAAAUUAGAGUUGUUGGCGAGUUUGGUGGCGAUAAAGACUCAUCCCAGAGUUAAGACUUAUUUCACGAAGUGCGUAUUAUUGUUGCAAAAAUAAAUUAAUAGAGAGUAUAAGUAAGUGUCGUGCAUCGAAUUAGAUUGCGUCAAUAAAUAAUAUUAAAAUUUGAUGGGUUAUUUGAUAUUCAUGCCAAUAAAAUAAUUUUUCUUUUAAUAGAUACUGAAUUUUAUAUACUAAAUAUUUGAAUCAAUAAUUUGUUUUUUAUGACACCAUCAUUAAAUUGAAUAAUAAACUUGCAUUAAAUUAUGAAGUGUUACGCAAAUUU